UUGUCAUGGCAGUUGAAAAAAGUACGAAAGAAAGAACCAAAGUAGUCCUCAGACACAUCCCUCCUGGAUUUGAUUCUGAAAGUUUGCUUGAACUAUUGGUUGCAACUGUGGUUCCAUUUCCUGAGCAUGACUUUUACCACUUUGCCCCGGCUGAUUACUCCCUGGCACCUUAUCUCUCAUGUCGGGCUUACUUCAACUUUCUUACUCCUGAGAGUGCUUUUUUGUUCAAGGAUAGAUUUGAUGGCCAAAAAUUCAUUGACUGCAACAAAAUUCAGUCUGUAGGAAUUGUGGAAUAUGCACCUUUUCAAAGGAUACCAAAGCGAUUUAAAAAAGAUGUCAGAUCAGGCACUAUUGAUAAGGACCCUGAGUUCAUGGAGUUCUUAAAAGAAUUGAAGAUUGAACCUGAGGCUCCCCCAAGCAUUGAAACAAUCAUAGAAGAAAUUGAAAAGCAGAGAGCUGAUAGGGCUGAACGACAGAGCAGCACAGCAUUAUUGGAGUAUAUAAAAACUAGACGUGAAGAGCGGGCCCUCUCACCUCAUAGCAAACCUCAGUAUGUUCGGAAAGAACGACCCACGAAGGUUGAAGACCGUGAGAUACACCGACACAAAGGUGGUCGGCCUCGUGGACGUAGUAACAGUGAAGAGGAUGGCUGCCAAGGCUAUGACAAUCGUGAAAGGCAUAGAGCAGCAGAAUUCAGAUCAAGAAAUAAUGUAAAACCUGAACGCAAUCCUAAAUCAGAUACCAAAGGAGGUAGACCUGAAAAAGCAAUUUAUGUUCCAGGCAAAAAGAAGUCAGACGAACCAGCUAAAUACAUCCUAUCAUCUUCAACACGGGAGAAGAGUGAUGUAUCCAAAGCAAGCAGAGAUGAUGAAAGUGAUAACAAACGCAAUGAAGAAAGACAGAGUUACAGACGGGACCGGAAUGAUGCAGACAAGAAGGAACCCACUGCUGAGGCAGUUAACACAUCCUCAGAACAUGACAAGCGGGAAAGACGAGAAGUGGGUAGCAGUGACAGGAGAGGACGGCGAGGAGAUGAUCAGCAUGACCAGGAUAGAAACCAGGAUAGAAACGGUUACAGGAGAGGAGAUGAUAACAAGGAGUACCGAAGAGAUGAGUACGAUUCAAGAAACAAAAGAGGCAAGGAUUACCGACGUGAUAGUUAUGAUGACAGGGACAGAGAUUAUGAUAGAGGAGAUCGAGGAGAUCGAGGAGAUCGAGAUGAUUACUUUGACCGUAAAGGGCGUGGUGGGUAUCGUGGUGGAUAUAAUAGAGGUUGGCGUGAUGAUAGAGGUGGUAGAGGCAGAGGCAGAAGCAGGGGCAGAGGUCGUGGAUCUUCUCGAGGUCACAGUGAUAGAGGUCACAGUGAUAGAGGUCACAGUGACAGGGGUCACAGUGACAGGGGUCACAGUGACAGAGGCCACAGUGACAGGGGUCACAGUGACAGAUGAGAAGCAUGAAUAGGCGUCAGCCAUGCAAAAAGCCAGCAUCUCUUCUGUAAAGUAAAGUAAUAUGCUAGGGACAUGAACAGAUAAUCUGAGGUGUUACCUAUUUCCAUAAUUUCAUUAUCUUGGUUUAAAAUGGAAUGGUAGUAUACUUGUUUUAAAAUAAAUUUGAUUGUUUAACUAUUGACUGUUGUAAUGUUUGGACGAUUGAAAUAGAUAAUAUAA